AUGUGCUUCGACUAUGUUAUCAACGUCAUGGAAGCUAGAAGAUUUGCUAACAAAUACAAACCUUUUCCCUCUACAGAUGUUAAAAAGUUAGCAAAGCGACUCGACAUGAAUUCACUGCAGAAAUCGCGGAGAAAAGACGAGCCGUUGUCGGGGCUCGUCGUAUUAAUAUCAUUAAUCAUCAUCAAUGCUGGAACGUGCGGCGCCGAGUCGAGCGGAGAAUAUCUCCAGAAGGUGAUGAUCGAGCUUCAGGAAUUAAAUGUGCCGUCUAACGUGGUGACGCACGAUCGUCUGUCAAUGAACCCCGAUUUUAACCAUGCGGAUUAUCAGGACAGUCGCACUCAGUAUAAUUCGUAUCGCAAGCUCAGCGCCCACAACAAUGCCCAUCAGGAGUUGCAACCGAAUGCGCAUCAGAAUGUACAGAAGUCGGCUGCGAAUCUACCUGCCGAAGACAUGGCUCAGUUGGCCUCAAACAAUAUAUUACAGUAUUAUGCGGUGCGAGAUUCAGACGCCACUGCCGCCAAUUAUCCCAAGGUGAAGCAGCCGGAGCAACCGCUGGCGUAUACACGAAUGGAUCUCGCGGCAUUGUACAAGAAGGCCUUGGAAAGAGGGUCAGCGAUCAGCCUGUCAGCGUUGGCACAGACGUUGAACGCCGCAGGCGGCGGCAACGUGCCGCAGGUCAGCACCCAGCUGCGAUUGCCGCUUAAAUACCCGAUGUAUAACUAUUACUUCUUUCCGCUGAAGAGCUUCGCGUCCGAGCUGCAGAGAGACCAUCACCAAACCAGUGCGAUUGGACCGAUAUAUGCAGCUACCGAAAAUAUGGAGAACACGGAGAACGGUAGUCAGAAGCAGCUCGUGAAUCCGCUGUUUGUGGCAAUCGGCACCUUCAUCAGCAUGGCGCUCCUCUUCAUGAUGGGCGUGUUAUUUCUGCCGAAAUUGCCGCACUUUCAGCUGUUUAACGCGCGCGUAGUCGACGACGACUUCCAGCGUUUAACUGCCUUCGUGACGAAUGCCAUGGACAGCGAUAUGUUGAAGAAAUUUCCGCGCAGCUAGUUCUCGCGUGUGACAAUGUGCGCAAUCAAAACUGUACAUUCCGUGCCUUUACCAUCGAAGUUCGGUAAUAUAUGUUAAAGUUCACGAGACAAAGACGUUCUUCGACGCUUACGUGCGACAAAAGAUUGCAAAAGAUUUUCAGUGUACAUAAUAAAUAAAUGAUGUUGGAAGACGAAGAGUGAAGAAACGCGGAAAUAUCGAUAUAUGUAUAUAACGCAAACAAUUACUGGCAUGCGUUUUCUCGCUUCUGACGUCACUA